AUGAGUCCAAUAGUCUACAAAGUCGCCGUCCUAAUAUUCCACGGCGCAGACAUCCUCGACUUCACCGGACCAAUCGAAAUCCUCUCCCACGUCUCAUGCAGAUACAAGGACAAAGAGAAAGGCAAACACGAUGGCGACCUCAGUGAGCCUGAGCCCCAAGGACAACCAAUGUUCGAAAUAACGACCAUCGCCCGUGACGAAACCAUCACAACGAGCUGCUCAACAAAGAUAAAAGCAGACAUGCUCCUAUCAACCGCCUACCCAAUAAUCAGCACCUUUGACAUUCUCAUCGUACCCGGUGCCGCCCCAACACUGAUCCACGCUCUAGUCGAGCACGAGACACCAGAGAAAGAUCUCGUCUGCGCAUACGCCCGGACAAACCCGUCCCGACCCCGAAUCAUCUUCUCCAUAUGCACCGGGGCAUUCCUGCUCGGCGCGGCGGGGAUUCUGCCCGGGACAACGGUGACGACGCACCAGCAUGCGUUGGAGGUGUUGCGGGGGAUCUGCGCCAGCGCCGGCAGCAACGAUAACGGCAACGUCAACGGCAACGGCAACGUCAACGGCAACGGUAGCGGGACCGGGACGAAAGAUAUACCACGAAUUGUGAGAAGACGAUUCGUAGACGGGGGAUAUGUACGUGAAUCGCGAGUUCAGGUAGUGACAGCUGGGGGGAUUAGUUCGGGACUAGACGCGACGUUUUACAUUGUUUGUUUGUUGGCUGGGGCGGAGACGGCGUCUUGGAUUGCGAGGGUUAUGGAGUAUGGGUGGAGGGAGCCGGAGAGUGGACUCUGGCCGAGAGGAUUUGCUGGACCGCGAUCGUACUUGGGUACGAGUAGAGCUUAG